GUUAAGGGUGCCAGGCUUGGGGUGUGAGGCGUGUAUCGUCCGUCUUGCAAGUAUACACUGUUGGAAUCAGUUACAUUGGGAGCUAAAAAAAAUGUCAUGUGUUUGUUUAAUCUAGCAUGCGCAGGGGUAUCUAUAUUGCGGCGGAGUUUUACGUCAAAUGUAAACAGGCAGUGGCGGGAGAUACUUGAAUGGCGAACUGUAGCAGUUAGAGGAACGGCAGCCUCAUCUCCAUUCCUGACAGACAGGAUUUCAAAGAGCAGCAGAUUUUGGUUUCCUAUAGUGAGAAGAGCAGAGAGGUGAGUCCAAACUCAUCUUCAGGAGCAGGUCAAAAAGGUCCCCUGGGUCGACAUUGUCUAUACCUUUUAGGAUUUUGAAUGUUUGAAUCAGAUCACCGCAUAGUCUUCAGUUGAAGUUGAAGUUGAAGUUUUGCAUCCUCAAAAAAGUCAAUGUUGGGUAUGUGCCAUGGAGAGAAGGUGCAUUCCAUUAUUUCUGGCAGUCUACAUUCUAAUUCCAAGAGGGUCUGUCGCGAGCCUACACUGUACGUGGGAUCCUCACUUUGAGCUGGGCCACGAUACCAAUGGCUCCUGCGUGCUGUUCUCUCCCACGCUGCCCCCUAGCUGUGCUGCCGGAAUACUGCGGGUGACAGAGGGGCUCAAUGUGACCACACUGUACAGCUCUCUCCAAAGGAACACAACCAAUGGCAGCCUUUCCUUCACUGUGCCCGCCCCUAGGGAAGCAGAGGUCCACCUUCACUGUGAGGUCAUCUGCCCUGGGCUGGAGACCAACCCCUCCUGCCAGCAAACCAUCACAGGGGGUUAUCCGCCAGCCACCCCCUCCCAGCCUCAGUGUCACAUCAUGAAAGAAAAGAGAGGGGCGCCCCCAGAAAUGAACUGCUCCUGGCAUCUGGGACUAGACUCACUGCUCAGGACUGAAUACACCUUUCACCUGCGCAUGAAGGGCAGUACUGAGUGGUCCACAGUGGUGCCGGCUGGUCUCAGCACUGUCAUGGUCCCGCGUUCCAGCUUUGUGAGCCAUGUUAACGGGAAGGUAUGGGUCAGCGCUAGGAACGCACUGGGAAAGAGUCAGUCCAAAAUGAAGAACUUCAACUCUGAGUCCAUAGUUAAGCUGGAAGCCCCAAGGUUUGUAAGCCAUGAAGUGAUCAGUGAUAUGAUCACAGUGAUGUGGAAUAAUAUGGACACUGAGAAGAGCUCUGAUAUAAAUAUAAAUUGUCGACUCCGUUACAGAGAAGAAGGGGUGAGAAACUGGACUGAGGCUAACCCAGAGGACGUGAGUGAUGUUGAGUACACGCUGGACAGCCCGCAACCUUUCACCCACUACCUGUUCCAGGUGAGCUGCAUGCGUGGCACAGACUCCCCGUGGAGUGAGUGGAGCCACAGCUACAAAGUGCAGAGCUCUGAGGCAGCUCCAGUAGGAAUGCUGGAUGUGUGGUUCAUAUUUGACAAGAGAAAUGUCACUCUGUACUGGAAGGAGCUGUCCCGGGAGAAUGCCCAGGGGAGCAUUCGGGUUUAUGAGGUGCGGUUGGAAGCAAGGGAAGGAGUCAGCAAGCUGGUAAACGUGUCCAGGGAAACUGUUCUGUGGUCCAGAGCGAGGGAACGAGCAGACGGGCUGAGAGAGGAGUGUCUCUGCAUCUAUUCUCUCCCUAAAGACGGAGUCUUCAGAGCCAGCGUGGUGGGGUACAACGGCGAGGGAAAGACACUACCAGCUACUGUAAACUUCAGCAGUCAGGGUCUCCUGGGCCCCAGCAAUGUCAUUGCGGUGAACAACUUAGAGGGACGGAGCCUGAAAGUGUCCUGGACUCCGCCCCCUGGACACACUGAGUAUGUGCAGUAUGUGGUGCAGAGCAGGGAGGUGGGGCUAAGCCUGAGCAGACCGUGGAUUCAUUGGACGAGAUGUGACAUCAAUCAUACCAUUGCUCUACUGACAGGCAACUUUAAACCCUUCACCCCCUACAAUGUGUCUGUCUUCGCUGUUUAUUCCAACGGGACCAGUCAGCCUUCCUCAGUCCUUGUCUACACACAGCAGGGAGCCCCCUCUGCUGGCCCAGAACUGUCAGUGUCCAGCAUUGGCCACACCCAGGUGAACCUGACCUGGAGGGAAAUAGCGCUGACCCACAGGAAGGGAAUCAUCAGGAGGUACCAUCUGAGACUGGCCUGGGGAGGAGCCACAGUGGCAGAGUCCAAUGUGAGCGCUGAUUGGUGCUGGGCGGUUCUUUCGGAUUUGCAGCCUGGUCAGGAGUACCAGGUUUGGGUCAGCGCUGAGACUGAUGCGAUGGAGGGGAAUCGAUCUACGAUUAGAUUCUCAACUACCACACCCGACAGCGGGAAUCAUUUGAAUUUUGGAAUAAUCAUACUCUGUGUUGUGGGGUCUCUGGUCAUCCUAAUCACAAUAGCGGCACUGCUGUGUAACAACAGGUGCAGCCAGACAGCACGCUUGUUAAUUCCUCUCUGGUGCUAUCAGAAAGUGCCGGACCCUGUCAACAGCCGUCUGAACUUCACUGAGGUGACGCACCAGAAUGAUGAUCAGUUCCAUCUCUCCCCGGCCCCCUCCCUCUCAGUGGGCAGCUUGCUGCUGUGUGACCUGGAGCUGCUGGACAGGGUGAAGCCAGAGCUAGAGACUGAAGGAGAGAGGCAGGAGAGUGGGGAGGAGAGGGAGAGGGACUACAGCACCAUGAAGGAUUCUGAAGGCGGGGGGAGCAGCCUGGGCACAGAGCGAGAGAGGCAAGACCCAGAGAGCAGAAGCCACAAGCAGGAAGAGCAGGACUGGGAGAGCAGGAAGCCCUUUAUAUCGGACUACGAGAAACACUUCAUGCCAUCGCCAGAGGACAUCAUGUAGAGAGCAGCGUGACACAUGCAACUUUACACAAUGUUACAUGAAGUUACAGAACUUAACCAGUGUUCCACUCCUGGUCCUUUAAAAGUACACUGUGGCCUUGGAGUGAGUCCAAUGAAGAAUAACCAGACUAAUCCCAGGGUUUAAAGGAAUGAACUGCCAUACAGCAUAGGUUUGCGUCCUGGCUGUGCUAAAUUACCAGUUUUCGCUGGGAAUUCCGAAGGGAGCGUCACAUUGGCUUUGGCACUCCCAUGGAUUAGGGAGGCAAAACUAUCAGGGACUUUCUGGCUCGCUGACAUCCACAUUCAAGUGCCUGGGUGAAGAGGAAGCUAGCUUGACGCCCCUAGCUGUACCUUCGGAUUUCCUGAGCUCUGUGGGGAAUUGCUGCAGUGAUGAGAAAACAUGAUUGUACAUUCCAAAUUUGGGAUAAAAUCGGGGGUAAAAUAAUUGGGCAAACUACAUUUUGAAAAGUAAUUCGCUAUUAAGUUUAUUUAGCCUAGAACAAUGAAGAAUUGGGGGGAGAGACUUCAAAAUCAUUAAAAGGAGUUGACAAAGUUAACCCUAUAGGACUAGAGGCCACAAAGCUGGGAAUUUCGAAUCACUGGGAUCUUUUAAGAUCUGACCUGACAGUCAAAGUAUGUAUGGGCUAGAGAAAAUCUAAUUGAGAUGAAUUGGAUGAGCACCGAUAGGCUGAAAGUCCUGCUCUUGUUCCCUUUAGUAUGUUGAAGUUUAAAAAUCAUUGUGUAUUUUUAAUACAUUUUGUAUUAAAAAUAACAUAUUUUCCAAUAUUUCGUUUCUAAUGAUUUAAACUAAAUGCUUUUCGAACCUGUAAGGUUUUUAGCUGGGAUGCCUCACAUUUUCUAUCUGCAAUCAUGUGUGUGUGUGUGUGUGUAUGUAUAUAUAUAUAUAUAUAUAAAUUGUUGCAAUCUUGUACACAGAGACAUGUAUAUUUUUAUAUUUUUCUUUUUUUUAAAAUAAUUGUUAUUGAAUAAAAGUCAAUAGAGCUGAAA